AUGACCUUCCCUCAACUUAUCGGAUAUACUGUGCUUACCCUUCUUACCCAUGCAGUAUGGAAGCUCGUUCAGAGAUGGGCCUCCAGAAAGGCGAACGCCCUAAAUGUCGCAGGCCCAGAAAAAGAGCAUUGGUGGAAAGGCAACCUGGAAUCAAUAUUCUUGGACAGUUUUGAUCGCUGCUUACAGGUCGCCGUAGAUUAUGGUGGAGCUGUCAAAAUCCACGCCUUGUUCGGAGAGGAAUGGCUGUACGUAUCGGACCCACGCGCGCUCCAUCACAUCCUUGUCAAGGAGCCACAUAUAUUUGAGGAAAAUGAUGCCUUUAUAGAUUGCAACAAGCUCAUCUUCGGCGAAGGCCUUAUUUCUACGCUAGGGCAACAGCAUCGAAACCAGCGCAAAAUGCUCAAUCCAGUGUUUUCUACAUCUAACAUGCGGGAGCUUCUGCCCAUUAUUCAAACCAUUUCCCGCCAGCUAAAAUCCAUCAUCGUGUCAAACAUUCCUACCGACAUGGCAUAUACAGAUUCAGUAGAACUCGAUGUUUUACCUUGGCUCUCUCGCAAUGCUCUUGAUUGCGUUUGCGAGGGCGUGCUGGGCUAUCAUUCAGGUUCGUUAGACACAGGAAAUGAGAAUGAAUACACAGAGGCGCUACGGAUGCUAGGUCCAUCCAUCACUAAAAACAUGAUAUUUGGACCCUUCGUCCCGGCAUUUUUGCGCACUUUCUCUCUUUACUGGCUUAAGAAAAUAGCAGAGUGGCUUACGAUAAGUUGGUUGCCGACGCAAACCAUGAGGGAUUUUAGAGAGCUACGCCGCAUAGUCGAAGUCAUGGACUUAGCCAGUAGAAGCAUUUUCCAGGAGAAGAAGGCUGCACUGGAGAUACCUUCCGCUAUCCCAUCACAGUCCCAUGACACGUCGGGAGGAACCAGGGGAAAGGAUAUCAUGUCUAUCAUGCUCAAGGCUAAUGCCUCAUCUUCCGAGGCAGAUAGACUGAGCGAUGCCGAACUUGUGGGACAAGUGAACGUUAUGAUUUUUGCUGGUCUCGAGACUACGACAGCUGCAGUGGCUCGUGCAUUGUACAUGGUUGCCAAGCACCCUCAUGUCCAGGCACAACUAAGAACGGAGAUCUGUGAUGCCAUGACUGCAUACGAAGCUUCCAACGUCGACCAUUCACAUGAAGGCGGAUCCACCAGACUGUCAUACGAUGCAUUGAUAAAUCUUCCUUUCCUAGACGCGGUUGUUCGAGAAACGUUGAGGCUCUAUCCGUCGCUGCCUGUCCUCACUCGAAGAACUACAGAAGCAGCGUCAGUGCCAUUACAAUUUCCAGUUCGAUCUGCAUCUGGCGAUGAGAUCGAUACGAUUCCUGUUGCUAGACAUCAGAGACUAGUUGUAUCCAUCCUUGCUGCGAACCAUAAUCAAGCUGUCUGGGGCGAGGAUGCAUCAGAAUGGAAACCUGAACGAUGGCUUAACUCUAAUGAAGCCGGGGUCCAGGAUGGUGUGCGAUAUACAGGUGUCUAUGCGUCCAUGAUGACCUUCCUUGCAGGAAAUCGUUCUUGCAUAGGGUUCAAGUUUGCGGAAAUGGAAAUUAAGGAUGUAUUAGCGACUCUUUUGCCAAACAUCCAUUUUGCCCUGCCGUCAGAACUGGACGACAAUGGGAACGUGAAGGAGAUAUACUGGAAAAUGAGCGGUUUCCACAUACCAGUAGUUAAGGCGCCUGCAGGAGACGGUGAAACGCCUCAGCUCCCUUUGACUUUGCGGCUCGUUCAAGAAUAA